GCAGUGUGUGUGAGCGGAGAGGGAGGAGAGGCUAUCUCUGUACCCAACUAAUUGCGCACUGGGGUGCAAGGGCUGAGCACUGUGCAUAACUGAAGGGGCUGGCGUGUCAGUCUCCCCUUUGAUUUUGGGUGCCUUUGCUGAAGAGCAGAUUUGGUCAUUUUCAUUGAGACUGAGGUGCGGGAAGACGCAGACACUGCCGAACUCUCUUCUCCAACUUUCUUACCUUUCCCCAUUUUUGCGCAUGAAUCUCUUGGAUCCCUUCAUGAAGAUGACAGAAGAGCAAGAUAAGUGCAUGUCCGGGGCUCCCAGCCCAACAAUGUCCGACGACUCGGCAGGUUCCCCAUGUCCCUCUGGCUCCGGCUCCGACACGGAGAACACCAGACCCCAAGAAAACACUUUCCCCAAAGGGGACCAGGAGCUGAAGAAGGAGACGGAGGAUGAGAAGUUCCCCGUGUGCAUCAGAGAAGCGGUCAGCCAGGUGUUGAAGGGAUAUGAUUGGACCCUGGUACCGAUGCCAGUCAGAGUUAAUGGAUCCAGCAAGAACAAGCCCCAUGUCAAGAGACCCAUGAACGCCUUCAUGGUCUGGGCACAGGCUGCAAGGAGGAAGCUGGCUGAUCAGUACCCCCAUCUGCACAAUGCAGAACUCAGCAAGACGCUGGGAAAGUUAUGGAGACUUCUGAAUGAGGGUGAGAAACGCCCUUUCGUGGAGGAAGCAGAGAGGCUGAGGGUCCAACACAAGAAGGAUCAUCCCGACUACAAGUAUCAGCCACGGCGCAGAAAGUCCGUUAAGAAUGGGCAGACAGAACAAGAGGAUGGUGCUGAGCAAACCCACAUCUCCCCUAAUGCAAUUUUCAAGGCCCUACAGGCUGACUCCCCGCAUUCCUCUUCCAGCAUGAGCGAAGUCCACUCUCCUGGAGAACAUUCAGGUCAAUCCCAAGGCCCACCAACUCCUCCAACUACUCCCAAGACAGAUAUCCAGCCUGGAAAGCCAGACCUAAAGAGGGAGGGCAGGCCACUGCAAGAGAACGGUAGGCAGCCACCUCACAUUGAUUUCCGAGAUGUGGACAUUGGUGAGCUGAGCAGUGAGGUCAUCUCCACCAUUGAAACCUUUGAUGUCAAUGAAUUUGACCAAUACCUGCCGCCCAAUGGCCACCCAGGGGUUGGCUCCACUCAGGCCUCGUACACAGGCAGUUAUGGCAUCAGCAGCACCCCUAGUGCAACCACAGGUGCUGGCCCUGCCUGGAUGUCUAAACAACAGCAACAGCAGCCUCAACAACAUUCACUGUCAACCCUAAACAGCGAGCAAAGCCAGUCCCAGCAAAGGACACACAUCAAGACCGAGCAACUGAGUCCAAGUCAUUACAGUGACCAACAGCAACAGCAUUCCCCCCAGCAGCUGAACUACAGCUCCUUCAACCUGCAGCAUUACAGCUCUUCAUACCCAACUAUCACCCGUGCACAGUAUGACUACACCGAGCACCAGGGUUCUAGUACCUAUUACAGUCAUGCAAGUGGCCAGAAUUCUGGUCUCUACUCCACCUUUAGCUACAUGAAUCCAAGCCAACGCCCCUUGUACACCCCUAUUGCAGACACAACAGGAGUUCCAUCAAUCCCCCAGACACACAGCCCACAACACUGGGAGCAGCCCGUGUACACACAGCUCACAAGACCCUAGAUAUGUGAGUAGAACAAUGACUUUCUAUAAAGACGUGAAAUCCCAAUCCACUGGGAAGCAAGUUGCACCCUCUGCUGGUCAUCAGCAAUAACUGCUGUAACUUUCCAACAAGAACUUGCAACACAGAGGGAGCAAACUGAGUAACACGGGGUUUAGCAAAAGCAGUUGAUUGACUGCUCAGGUGACUCUUAUCAUUAAGGUAUUUUUAGCCACAUUUGGGGAAAACUGCUAAAGCAGAAUGUCCUCUGUGAGGACUAUUGUCUAGCUCUGUCAUUUAGUAUGUACUGUGUAUGUUCCAUUGCCUUUUACAGGGGUUUUUACAUUUAUAUUUUCGACAACUUUUUGUAUGAAAAAAAAAAAUUCUUAAUUUUUUCCCUUCGAACGCUGAACAAGUAGAAUUCUCCAGCUUUUCUUGCGAUUUCAAGUUUUUUGUGUAAUUCAAAUAGAACAUUUAUUUUGAAGAACUGAAUCUGGCCUUAUACUGUGUUAUCCAGACAAGCUUCUAAGAAGCAACUAGAAGGAUCCGAAAGAGCAUCAAGUAGGAGAUUCGCCAAUGGUACAUUACGAAUGUAGGAAAUAUUUUUCCAUAUAGAUAUAUACCCAAGUGCCAACAACCAAGUUGCCUAAAAACAAGUGCCCUUUUUUACCACCCAUAUCCAGCAGUUACAACUUGACAAUUUUGCCUUAGAUAAAAUCACCUGCAGAUUUUUACUCAAGAUUUUUUUAAAUUCCUAAAUUAUUUAUUUUGUAUAAAAGCUAACAUGUAAAAAAAAUGCUUAUUGAUAUCCCUGCUCCUUCCCAUGACUUAAAUAUUUUAGCAUGUUCUUCCAAACUCGGAAACUGCAACAUUUUAUUUUUUUGUUAAAUUAUGGAUUAUGCCGUUUCUCCUUUCUGUUAUAUUCCGUUCUAAAUUUCUUAUUGCAAGCCCUGUUUAAAAAAAAAAUAGAGUAGAAAAAGCUGCCUUUUUUUUUACAUAUGAAAACAAUCUAAUAGCAUUAUGAAUCAUUUUUGAGCUGAGAAAAAUAUAUUAAUUUAUACCGAAAUCCUUACUUAAAAUAUAUAGAAAAAAACCACCUCGGUGCUAAUUAGACAAUACGGCGAGCAAUAACUUGUCAUAUAAAGUGCAGUCUGACUAGUGAAGUUUUAACCCUUGCUUCAAAAUUGGUAUUAUUUUUGUAUAUUUUUAGAUCCAAUGAAGCACUCCUUAAUUAUUGCUUUUGUUACAAAAAAAAGCAGGCCUUAAAUAUUUCUUUAACUUAAACAAAAAGGAUAUACGAUGUUUGUUAGUCGCUGGAUUUUUUGUAAAUUGUAUUGUGUAACUUUUUUUGACAGUUUCUAUGUUUUGUGUCUUUUGUGAAACUUACCCUCUUGUGUAUUAUUUUGCAAUAAAUAUACCAUGU